GGCAGCGGGAGGAGGCGGCCGAAGGUGACCCGAGCCGAGAUGCCGCCGCCCUGGGCUCUGGGGCUUGCCUUGCUGCUGCCGUGGGUGGCAGGUGGCUUAGGACACGCGGCCAGUUCAAGGCAUCAUGGAUUGUCCUCAUCAGCAAUUGUGCUGCAGCCUGGACUUUGUCACUAUGGAACCAAACUGGCCUGCUGCUAUGGCUGGAGAAGGGGCAGCCGAGGAGUUUGUGAAGCCACAUGUGAACCUAAGUGCAAAUUCGGUGAGUGUGUGGGACCCAACAAAUGUCGCUGCUUUCCAGGGUAUACUGGGAAGACCUGCAGUCAAGAUGUGAAUGAGUGUGGAGUGAAACCCCGGCCGUGCCAACACAGAUGCGUGAAUACUCAUGGCAGCUACAAGUGCUUUUGCCUCAGUGGUCACAUGCUCAUGCCAGAUGCCACCUGUGCAAGUUCAAGAACAUGUGCCAUGACAAACUGCCAAUAUGACUGUGAAGACACAGAGGAAGGGCCACGUUGUCUGUGCCCAUCCUCGGGACUCCGCCUGGCCCCCAAUGGAAGAGCUUGUACAGAUAUCGAUGAGUGUGCGUCUGGUAAAUCCGUCUGCCCCUACAAUCGAAGAUGUGUGAACACAUUUGGAAGCUACUACUGCAAAUGUCAUAUUGGUUUUGAACUGAAAUAUAUUAGUGGCCGGUAUGAUUGUAUAGAUAUAAAUGAAUGUGCUGUGAAGACCCAUACCUGCAGCCACCAUGCCAAUUGCCUCAAUACCCAGGGAUCCUUCAAGUGUAGAUGCAAGCAGGGAUAUAAAGGCAAUGGACUCCGAUGUUCUGUUAUCCCCGAAAAUUCUGUGAAAGAAAUCCUCAAAGUUCCUGGCACCAUCAAAGACAGAAUCAAGAAGUUGCUUGCUCACAAAAACAGCAUAAAAAAGAAAGCCAAAAUUAAGAACGUCAUCACAGAACCUUCUGGAACUCUUCCCUCAAAAGUUAAUUUGCAGCCCUUCAACUCCGAAAAGAGUGUUUCCCGAGAUGGGAAAACAAGUAAUGGAGGAAGAAAAGGGAAUGGAGAGAGAAAGAAAGCAAGGCUGGAGGAAGAGAAGAGAGAGGAAGAGAAGAGAAGGGAGAAAGCUUUAAAGAACCAUGUGGAACAGGAGAAGAGCCUGCGAGGAGAUGUAUUUGCUCCUAGGGCAAAGGAAGCAGGUGAAUUUGAUCUUGUUCUGAUGCAAAGAAAAGCCAUAACAUCCGAAUUGGAACGUAAAGAUUUAAAUAUCUCUGUUGACUGUAGUUUUGACCAUGGUGCCUGUGACUGGAAACAAGAUAAGAAAGAUGAUUUUGACUGGAAUCCUGCUGAUCGAGAUAACGCUGUUGGCUACUAUAUGGCUGUUCCUGCUUUGGUUGGGCGCAAGAAGGACAUUGGCAGAUUGAAACUUCUCCUCCCUGACCUGCAACCCCUUAGCAACUUCUGUUUGCUCUUCAAUUACCGACUGUCUGGAGACAAAGUAGGGAAACUUCGUGUGUUUGUGAAAAACAGUAAUAAUGUCCUGGCCUGGGAGGAAACCAGGAGUGAGGAUGAAAGAUGGAAGACUGGAACUGUCCAGUUGUACCAAGGAACUGAUACUACCAAAAGUAUCAUUUUUGAAGCAGAACGCGGCAAGGGCAAAACCGGAGAGAUUGCAGUGGAUGGCGUCUUGCUGCUUUCAGGCUUCUGUCCAGACGGCUUCUUCUCUGCUCAUGCUUAAAUAUUGCCUUUGUCCUCGGUAGCUCUGUGUUUGGGGUUUUUUUUUUAUCCCACUCCUGUUGUUCUUAUAGUUUGAUAUCAUAGAGCCCCCCAUUUAGAUAUACAAACUAAAAGUUAUUAUGUAUGAACAAAAAUGUUAUUGUAAGUUGUCUUUCUUCUAGAAGAUGCAUCUCUGUUUGCUUUCAAUACAGCACUGUUUUAUCUCCUUAUAUGUUUCUGAAUUUAUAAAACAUGGAAAUGUCAG